AUGCCCUGCCAGCUUUUCCCCAGGUGUGGGCCUGCUGGCUCUUGUCCACACAGCUGGGAAGAAGAAGUGGGCCCAGGACCCCAGAGCACCCCAGAGGGUCCUCUCCCUCUUGUCCUGAGCCCAGCGGCAGGGGGCUACCAGGCCCUCCUGGCCCUUCUGGGCUCCUCAGCCCUCGUGCAGUCUCCUGGCAGAGGGUACCUCCCUCCCAAGACCACGAGGAUCCCACUCCCAGGAGCAGAAACUCCUUCCUGCUCACUGGAGCCCCCGUCAGCCCUGGGCUCUCCUGGCAACCCAGCCCUCCCUUCGCCCCUUGCCCCCUCGUUUCUCUGUCCUUCCCCCUCCUCCUUAAGGGACUCCUGA